ACAGUGCGGUUCAUUUUAUCGUCUUUUAAAGAUACGGAGACAAUGUCGCAGAUCGAGAAAGAAACAGAGUGGUUACGUUCUGAGAUUUUGCCACAAAUUCUGAAGAGCGGGCGCCUUUUGGAAAACUAUAAUGAAUCCAAGGCUUAUACUUUUCACGUCGGAGAUAUAGAAAUCGAUGUAAUUGGCAUUGAUGAGGCUUACAUGCAGACAUUCUGUUACCGAACCACCAUUAAUUUUGAUUACGAUGGAAAGAAAUUUCAGAGGAAAAUGGUCGUCAAGAAAACCCAUGCGAUGGCAGCAGAAGAUUAUGAUGCACUUCAGUUCGAAAAUCUGUUCAGCAAUGAGAUCUAUUUCUAUACGGAAAUUCUGCCGGAGAUACAGAAGUUAGCCAAUGGAGAGUUCCCAGCCUCAAAAUAUUUCUAUAGUGAACUGAAACCACUUUCGGCGGUGGCUAUUUUCGAGAAUUUCGCGGAACAGGGAUGGCGCCUCGCCAAGGAGCGGGUGGGUCUGAGUCUGGAACAUGCCACGAUUGCUGCCUCCUCCUUGGGUAAAUUCCAUGGUUAUUCAUACGUCAUUAAGCAUCAAGAUCCGGAAAAGUUUGCCAAGCUAUCUGCUGGACUGAGGGAAUCCCGGUAUUCUGCUGACGAAAUUCAUCCUACAUGGGCUCUGGUUGCCAAAAUGGGAGUCCAGCGAGCUGUCAAAGCGGUGGCUACCUACCAACCCCAAGUCGACAAGGAGCUUAUGCAGAAGUUCCAGCUCCUGUUGUCGGAUUAUUAUAGGUACGGCAGGCAUCUAGUGGCACCCAGAGAACCUCUGGCCACGCUCUGCCAUGGAGACUACCUGAGAAACAAUGUGGCCUACAAGUACAACGACCAGGAGGUGCCUCAGGAUAUCAUGAUGUUCGACUAUCAAACAAUGCGGGUAUCUUCUCCCAUGAUAGAUCUCACCCUUUUCCUAUCUUUGUCCCUUUACGCCGAUGUGCGAUAUCCCAACUUUGAAGCCCUUUUCGACGAAUAUUGCUCGGCUCUGCACCGGACAUAUAGGAACGGGACCAAUCAAGAGGUUCCCCAGUUCUUAAGCCGAUCUGAGCUCUUAAAAGAAUAUGUCCGAUUCAUGCCUUACAGUGUCGCUAUUGUUUCGUAUUUCCUUCUGGAUAUGGUUGAUCCUUUGAUCCUUACUGGGGAUGAGAAGCAUUAUUCCCGCCCAGAGAAAGAUGUCAUCGAACGCAGUUUAAGCGCGGGCGGAGAAGUAGUGGAUCGAGAAAUAGCCCACCAGAUAAAGGAGAUGCUGGAGCUCAGCCAAAAGUGUGGGGUUUCCAUUGAUGAUGGCAUCGAUAUAACUAAAAUUACCAAGAAAUAAAAAUA